UCCUUUGCACACAAGCAUCCUUUGCACACAAAAAAGGAAAAGAAAACAGAAAAAAAUAUUUCUCCCUGACUGAGGUUUUCCUCCAUGUACCUUACGAUCGUAGCGCCUCCAUCCUCAACUUGCAAAUCAAGGGCUCAAUACUUCAAUGGUAUUCAAUUGGUACUGAUUUGAUAAAACCACAGCUAUAAUGAGUAAUCCUCCAGCUAAAUCGCGUGCUCAGCCAGCCAUCGCGGCGUCGCCGGUAAUCAUCCCUGAUGAACUUAUACCUGAAGUGCUUUCUUUUGCUAAUGUGAAAACUCUUAUGAAAAUGAAGUGUGUUUGCAAGUCUUGGAAAUCUAUAAUUUCUGAUCCUGAAUUUUUGAAACUGCAUCUUAAGAGAUCGGCAUUAAGGCCUCACUUGACACUGUUUUUGAGUAAGUCACGGCUUGAUGGGGAUAACAAUGUUGUACCUUUUCCUGUGAGCCGUUUAAUCGAGAAUCCGUUGAUUACGCUUCCCGAUGAUCAGGAUUCUCGAUUGAAGGAUAAGGAUUGUCGUUAUGUUAUUGGAUCUUGCAAUGGAUUACUUUGUUUGCUCGGUUAUUCUUCCACCGCUGCAUAUCGAGAGAUCUGGCUUCGGUUUUGGAACCCUGCGGUGGGUAAAAUUUCGUAUAAAUUAGGGUAUUUUGUUGAUAAUGUUUUGGGGCUGUAUACCCAUUUCAAGUUUGCAUUUGGUUAUGAUAUUUCAUCGGAAACUUAUAAGGUUGUGCUGUUAGUUUUGGAUGAAGCGCGAAAUAGUACCGAGGUGCGAGUUUUUAGUUUGGGUCAUAAUGUUUGGAGAACUAUUCAAAAUUUUCCUGCGGUUCCUCUUCCUUUUCGGUAUUCUCAUCCUGGUGUGCAUGAUGGUGUGUAUUUGAAUGGUAGUCUUAAUUGGUUGGCCCUUCAUAGUAACUUCCGUUCUGUUGGUUCUUAUGGUUGGAAGAAUAUUAAUAAUGUUAAGGAGUUUGUGAUUAUUUCACUUGAUUUGGGAACUGAGACUUACAGACAGUUGAUGCCUCCUCGUGGUUUUGAUGAAGUGUCACCUGUUGAGCCAUCUGUAUGUGUAUUGAUGGACUGCCUUUGCUUUUGUAAUGAUUUUAAAAGGUCUGAAUUUGUCAUAUGGCAGAUGAAGAUAUUUGGAGUUGAAGAGUCUUGGACUCAACUCCUAAAAAUUAGUUAUCAGAAUCUUCAGAGACAUCAUAACUUUGUUGACUCACAAUAUUCUCAAUGGUUGCCAUUGCACCUUUCUGAUCACAGUGGUACAUUGAUAUUGGUGAACAAUCAAGAGCGACAAGCAUUUCUCUAUAAUUUGAGGGAUAAUAGUGUAGUGCGGACUAGAAUUACUGAUGAAAUACAUUGGUUCUCUGCUAAGGUUUAUGUUGAAAGCUUUGUUUCUGACAAUUUGAAUUUGAAAAUCUACAACCCCAACUUCAGGCACAUCAACCCUUAUUAAUGGUACAUUGGGGGUAUGGUUGGAGGAAAGGAAGAAAGGAGCUUAUUGGAGCUACAGAUGCUUCAGUUACAGUACUGAUUUUGUUGUACAAGACAUUUAUGGCCCUCUUGAUGUCUUUCUUUUAGGUUUCUUUGAAAAUAUUCGAAGCAACUCACUGCUUAAUAUUGUUCUGUUUUACAACUCUGCUCCUGUUUGUUUAGAAGCAGAUUCUAACGGUGAGAAGCAACAAGCACCGACUUACAUUUAUUGCAUUGGUCCAGACUUCUCCAAGCUCUAAAUAAAAAGACUUUCCUUUAUCAGGUUUCCAUACUGAACCAGCUGUGUUGAUAAAAGAAGAAUGAAGCUAAAGUAUGCCAUACGUAGCAAAACUGGUUAUAGGAAGCCAAAAACUUAGCCAAACACUGUCUUAUGUACAAUUCGAUUUUGGAGCUUGUAAAUUAGAUUUCUCAUGCCAUCCUUACAGAUCUGAAGGAAAAUCACUUCCAUAUAUUCUUAAAAGGGCAUCUACCUAGCUCUUUCAAGUUUACGUCUGGUCAUGAUAAUUCAGCCGACACUUGUGAUGUGGUGCCUGUAGCGUUAAACUUCGAUUGUUACAUUGAAAGCUCGAAUGAGAUGCUUUGAUAAAUAUUAGUAUCCAUGUUGUUUCUCUUCAAUUACACUAUAUUCGUCCUUGGGCGACUGGUGGUGUGUAUUUGGCGGCACUCUUUACUGGUUGGCCAUUCACAAUAACUUCAGAUGACGGAAUUUGGUGUUGAAGAGUCUUAGACUCAAUUCAUUAAAAUUAGUUAUCAGAAUCUUCAAAUAGAUUAUAACUUUGGGUAUCAAUCUCAAUGGUUGCUAUUGCACCUUUCUGAGAAUAGAGAUACAUUGAUAUUGGAAAGACAAUAGAGUUGAGAGAACUAUAAUUGCCAAUGAAAUAUGUUGGUUCUUUGCCAAGGAUUAUGCUGAAAGCUUGGUUUCUUUAUGAAAAUCAUACAUACAGGUCAAUGAAAAGAUUGACAUAUGCAAUCGUGGAAUAGUUUAGUUAGAACUUCUCAAACGAAAGAGACCUCUAUCUUUAGAGUUUUGGAGGAGGAUCUAUAGGGGGUUGUCUUUUUUUUCUUCUGUAUGAUAUUAAUGUUUCUAUUGCCAUUGCCGUUAUCAAAUCAGCAGACAUAUCAGAAGUGAAUGAAACUAGUAGAAGGAUUGUCUUUUUUCUUUUGCAAAUGCAAACUUCUUGUUGAGAAUUGGUUAAUUGCAAACCAGUUCUUUUUAUUAAUAGUAAAAGGAGCUAUAUUCUCAUCUGUAACAUGAUUUUUGAAACUUGUUUUGUGCAUAUAGAUUACAUAAGUGUCAAAUGCAAUCAAGAUGGUCUUUGACUUUAAUUAUUUGAUCUUUAGUGCUAUAUUUUCAUGGUUGAAUAUAAUUUUCCCUUUUUUAAUAGGUAAUUUCUAACCAUUUUUUAUGCUUUGUUGUUUUGCAGAUCAUAGAUACAGGUCACUGAAAAGAUUGACAUAUGCAAUCGUGGAAUAGUUUAGUUAGAACUUCUCAAAGGAAAGAGGCCUCUAUCUUUAGAGUUUGGAGGAGGAUCUAUAAGGGGUUGUCUUUUUUUUUUCUUUCUUCUGUAUGAUAUUAAUGUUCUAUUGCCAUUGCCAUUAUCAAAUCAACAGACAUAUCAGAAGUGAAUGAAACUAGUAGAAGGAUUGUCUUUUUUCUUUUGCAAAUGCAAACUUCUUGUUGAGAAUUGGUUAAUUGCAAACCAGUUAUUUUUAUUAAUAGUAAAAGGAGCUAUAUUGUCAUCUGUAA